AUGGCGGCCUAUCCCUAUUAUCCACCCGGAAACCAACCAUUUUACCCGCCUACCGCCCCACCACCACCUUCGGCAGUCCAACCUUACACUCACCCAACCAUCGUAGAAACCAGUACACCCUAUGCUCUUCCUGUAAGUCCAUACCCGGUCCAACCCAUGUAUUAUCCACCGGCUUAUCCACCCGUUUAUAAAAUGCCGGCACCGCCAUUGAUCGUCCCAGUAGGACGUCCGGGUCAGGCAGUAUUAACUUACCCGAUCCCAGUAGUCGGGCCACAAUAUUGUCUUCCUCGACCCGUUGACUUGUUGAUUGUUAGAAAACUCAUGACUCUGACGAAUGAUUUCAAGGUGACAGAUAUUGAAAAGAAUACCAUGUUUAAAGUCAAAGGCAAACUCUUGAGUACUCAUGACAAACGGGUUCUCUUGGAUGCUGCGGGAACACCUAUCCUUACUCUUAACAAUAAGAUAUUCUCAGCGUACAGUAGAUGGCAAGUGUUCAGAGGGGCAAGCACCCACCCUAAGGAUUUGAUAUUCAGUGCAAAAACCUCGUCCAUGAUCCAACUGAAAACUAAGUUGCAUGUGUACUUAGGCAACCGUAUGUCUGAGGAUUCCUGUGAUUUUAGGGUUGAAGGAAGUUGGUCAGAUGAUGCCUGCAAAGUUUAUGUCGGUGAAACUGCCACCAUAGCGGCUCAAAUGAACAAGAAAGACAACGCUUCAAGUUUCCUUCUUGGGAAGGACACAUUCAUGGUGACUGUAAAUCCAAAUGUUGAUUAUGCAUUCGUGGUGUCUCUGAUCCUCAUCCUUGAUGCCAUCAACGACCGCAGCCUCACUUCGAACAUACCUACUGUGACUGAUUUGGUAGCAUUCUGA